CCGAGGGACACGGAAUUAAAGUUCAACAAUACAUCUGGUAAUCACGGAGAAUCGGCUACUCAGCAAUGAAAUGUAUGUCUUUCGGUGUGCGUUUCACUUUCAACUAAACUCCGACUGCGAGCACCGCACGUUGAACACGGUGGAUCUGCUGACACUGGACUCCUUGCUCACUUCUGACAUCCAGUGUCAGCAGCCGGUGCUUUGAAGAUGAUCAACCCUCAGAUAUACCUCCACUACAACUACACAGGAAAGCUGGACCACCGGCCCAGCAUUGGCACAAGCCCCGGCAUUGUGGACACCAAAACCAUUGUGUUCCUCAUCAUAUGCAGCUUCAUCGUCCUGGAGAACCUCACUGUGCUGGUGGCCAUAUGGAGAAACCACAGGUUCCACAACCGCAUGUACUUCUUCAUCGGCAACUUGGCGCUGUGCGACAUGCUGGCUGGAGUCGCCUACCUGGUGAACCUUCUCCUGUCAGGAGAGAAGACCUUGCAGCUCUCACCUGCUCUCUGGUUUGUCAGAGAGGGAAGCAUGUUUGUUGCACUUGGCGCCUCCAUUUUCAGUCUCCUGGCUAUUGCUAUAGAGCGACACCUGACUAUGAUCAAAAUGAGGCCUUAUGAUGCUAACAAGAACUACAGAGUGUUUCUGCUCAUAGGGACCUGCUGGCUGAUCGCCAUAUCUCUUGGAGCGUUGCCUAUUCUAGGCUGGAACUGCCUGGACAACCUCCCCGAUUGCUCCACCAUCCUCCCUCUCUACACCAAGAAAUAUGUAGCUUUCUGUAUCAUAGUUUUCAUGGUUUUGCUCUUAGCCAUGUCAGUCCUUUACGGCCGUAUCUACAUCCUGGUUAAGUCCAGCAGCAGAAAGGUGAGCAAGCACAGAAACUCUGAGCAUGCCAUGUCCCUGCUGCGCACUGUCAUCAUUGUAGUUGGGGUCUUCAUCGCCUGCUGGACGCCUAUCUUUGUCCUGCUCCUGGUGGAUGUGGCAUGUGAGCAGCGCUGCCCCAUCCUCUACAAGGCUGACUGGUUCAUUGCAGUGGCUGUGAUCAACUCAGCCAUGAACCCGGUCAUUUACACUCUGGCCAGCCGCGAGAUGAGACGGGCCUUCCUGGGUCUGGUGUGUGGCGUUUGCUACAGGGGGAAGGCUUCUGUGAAUGGCAGCGGGAACAAGCAGUCUCUGGAGCCCAGCCGCAGCAGGAGCAAGUCGUGGAGCAGCCAGAACAACCCCAACCAGAACCAGCAGAGCUCCAGGCAGGCGGAGCUGAAGAAGGGGCAGGAGACAGACGCGGUCCAUGGCGAGGUCUCAGUGGUGGCAGGAGGAGCUGCUCAGGCCGUCAUUGAAAGUGACAGAAAAGACUGAAGGAAGGGAGAAAGAUAUCUACAGUGGGAAGGUGAGGGUGGUCCUAAUGUGUGAGCUCAUGGAUUGAUUCAGAAUGAAGGAUUUCUUAAACUGCAGGGCAGUGGUUUCUUCUUUGUGCUUGAUAUUGAUAUAUAUGCAUCAUCCGUAAUUGGUAAGAGUAUUAAAAUGCCCACACUUGGCUUAAUUGAUAAACUGAUUAAUGUAUGUGACCAAUAGGUUCAAAUGGGAACAACAAAAUCCAUAUGUACAGUAUUUCAUCACCGUCCAGUGAGAACCAGGUAGCUCCAAAUUUGAUCAUUUUACUGUCAACUCUUUAUU